AUGUCUUCCUCUACAAAAUUAAACUCCACACUGAAAACGCUUAUCGAUUCAAAACAAUACGAAGAAGCUUUAAAACAUUUCGAUCAACAACCAGGUCUACACACAGAUUUCAGUAUUGACAUGGCAAUAAAAGCUUGCACUAUGUUACAUGAUUACAAACGUGGCAUUAAUAUUCUACAAAAACUUUCAUCAAAUUCACUUAGUAAUCAUUAUAUUCAAAUAUCAUUAAUCCGCUUUUAUAUGGAAUGUCGCGAUGUCGAUAACGCAUAUCGCGCGUUCGCUUCAAUUACAAAUAAAUCUAAUUAUAGCUACACAGCUAUGUUCAAGGGUCUUCGAUCCAAUGGCAUGCCCGAGAAAAUAAUUGAUUUACUUGAAGAAAUGAAGAUUGAACCUAAUAAUUUUACUCUCACUCUUUCAUUUUACGCGUGUGCUCAAGUUGCCAACGCACGAGCCAUGAGAAUUGGACAAAAACUUAUUCAUAAAUUGCUUAACAAUAGUCGAAAUGAGGAUAUUGUAUUAAAUGCAGCAACAAAUAUGUUAAUAAAGUUUGGUGAUAUCGUAAACGCUGAACGAUUCUAUAAAUCAGUGAAGAAUAAAAAUAUUAUUAUGUAUUGUGCAAUAAUGAAGGGAUAUAUUGAAAAGAAAAUGUUUGAACAAGCAUUGGAUUUAUUCGAACACGUAAAUUUAGUAAAAAGUGAUGCUAUGUAUACAAUGGCUUUCAAUGUAUGUGGUAAACUUGGAAAUGAUCGAGCUAUCAAGAUUGGAAAUAAGCUUCUGGACGAAUUGUCAGACAAUCGUAAAAGUAGUACUGCUAAUUUGACUUCAGCAAUGCAUAUGUUAAUGAAAUUCGGUAAUAUUCAAAAUGCUGAACGUGUUUUUGAAUUAAUUCAAAAGAAAGAUGUGAUUGCAUAUGGAGCAAUGAUAAAAGGAUACGUUGACAAUGAAAUGUUCGAAAAAGCAUUGGAUUUAUUCGAACACAUGAAUUGUGACCUAGAUCAUGCUAUGUAUACCAUGGCUUUCAGUGCUUGUGCUAAGCUUGGAAAUGAUAGAGCUAUCAAGAUUGGGAAUAAGCUUUUUGAUGACUUACCCGACAACUGUAAAAGUAGUACUGCCACUUUAAAUUCAGCUCUUCAUAUGUUGAUGAAAUUCGGCAAUAUUCAAAAUGCUGAACGUGUUUUUAAAUUAAUUCCGCAAAAAAGUGUGAUUACAUAUGGAGCAAUGAUGAAAGGAUACGUUGAGAAUGAGAUGUUCGAAAAAGCAUUGGACUUAUUUGAAGAAAUGAGUUUAGUAAAAAAUGAUGCUCUGUAUACAACGGCUUUCAAUGUAUGUGCUAAGCUUGCAAAUGAUCGAGCUAUGAAGAUUGGAAAUAAGCUUCUUGAUGAACUGCCAGACAAUUGUAAAAACAAUACAGCUAUUUUAACUUCUGCAAUCCAUAUGUUGAUGAAAUUCGGUAAUACUCACAAUGCUGAACGUGUUUUUGAAUUAAUUCAAAAGAAAGAUGUGAUUACGUAUGGAGCAAUGCUAAAAGGAUACGUUGACAAUGACAUGUUCGAAAAGGCAUUGGAUUUAUUUGAACAGAUGAAUUUAGUAACAAAUGAUGCUAUUUGCACGAUUAUUUUCAAUGUAUGUGCUAAGCUUGCAAAUGAUCGAGCUAUGAAGAUUGGAAAUAAGCUUCUGGACGAAUUGUCAGACAAUCGUAAAAGUAAUACUGCUAAUUUGACAUCAGCUAUGCAUAUGUUGAUGAAAUUUGGUGAUAUACAAAAUGCUGAACGCGUCUUUAAAAUAAUUGAAAAGAAAGACUUGAUUACAUAUGGAGCAUUAAUGAAUGGAUACAAUAUGAAUGAUCAAUCAGAGAAGUGUUUCAAAGUUUUCGAAGAAAUGAAACAUCAUAAUAUUGUUCCAGAUGAGAGUACAUGGACCAUUCUUAUAGGUACAUAUUCACAGAUUGCUAUGAUUCGACAAUGUAAAUAUCUGGUUAAUCAAAUUCCACCGCAUAUCUUGAAUAAGCAACAAAUACAGAACGCUUUAAUUGACAUGUGGGGAAAAUGUGGUGCAGUGGAAGCAGCAAAACAAAUAUUUAAUACAGUUUCUGAACCUGACACAUUUACCUACAGUUCAAUGAUUAAUGCACUUGGACUUAAUGGAAUGGGCUGUGAAGCUUUAAAUGUUUAUAAACAAAUGCCACAUAAUCUGCGUAAUGAAAUUGCAGAAAUUUCUGUCUUAAAUGCUUGUUCUCAUUCUGGUCUUCUUCGUGAAGCGCAAGCUAUUUUCAAUGAAAUUUCUGUUAAAACAGAAAAAAUCACAGGAGCUAUGGUUGAUUGUUACAGUCGUAUGUUUCUAUUUGAUGAAGCAGAAAAAUUGAUAGAUGAUUAUGAAAAGACGAAAUCACCAAGUUUUGUCAUGUAUAUGUCGCUACUAUCUGGUGCAAGAAACAAUCGUGACACAAUAUUAUCCGAAAAAAUAUUUAAUCGAAUGUUAUCUUUAUUUCCGGAUGAAAAGGAUAAUCUUAUGUCAAGUGUAAUACUUGUCUCAAACACAUAUUCAUCUUUGGGUGAAGAUGAACAAGCACAUGACUUUAGAUCUCAUCAUCAGAAAAAAUUAGGAACCCGUGUAAAAGUUGGAUUAUCAUGGACUGAAGUAAAUGGUGAAGUAACGGGGUUCAGUGCUUAUGAUCGUUUUCAUCCAUCUUCAUUGAAAAUCCAGGCUGAACUUAGUCGUAUUGCAAAAGAAUUGAUUGAAAAUGGUCAUCAAUUCAAUUCGUCUUGUAUAACGCGUCGAUUAAAUGAAGGAGAAACAGUUGAAUCGGUUUUGAUGGGUCAUAGCGAAAAAAUAGCAAUUGCUUUCAAUUUCAUACAAGAGCCAAUUCCAGAAUUUAUUCAAAUUCGUAAAAAUCUUCGUGUGUGUUUCGAUUGUCAUGCAGCCACGAAACUUAUAGCGAAAAUUCGACAACGUGAUAUUAUUAUACGUGAUGCAAACCGUAUUCAUCAUUUUCAACGAAAUGGGCAAUGUUCAUGUCAAGAUCAUUUUUGA